AUGAGCGCGGAACUAGUUUGGAGUAAAAAGGUUAACUUUGGUGAAGAUCUGCUAAUUUAUGAGGAUGAAUUUAUUGUGCAAUUAAUUGAUGGUCUUGAGCCAGAAACGACAUAUGCUGCUAGUGCUCGUUUUCUCAACAAAGAUGGAGCAGGCCAAUUUGGGAAAUUCAUUCAUGCCCACACAUCAUGCGAGCGAGGAAAGCGACUAGAAAUUCGCAAAGUUUCUUUAGAGAUAGGAUACGAUCGUAUUCGUCUCGGAUGGCAAGGGAAUGUUACAUCAGUAAGUUUUAGAUUACUUCAUUGGCAAAAUGGCUGAAA